UUCUGAAUUUUAAUAAUUACACAUUAAUGUUUAACCAGAAUAAUGUCUUUUUAUCAGUAUAAAGCAGUUAUAUUUUAGAGAAUACAGAAAGUUGCCCUGCAGUGAUAAGAACCACCACCAUAAGAAUUUUUUUUAAUUCAACUAUUGGCUUACCUGUUACCGUUAAAUUUGAAUUUGAACAAAUGGUCGUUUUUUCAUUCAUGGUAGCAAAUUAAAUCUGUACCUGACAGAAAGUUGUACUAAUAAAAUGAAUUCAUCCCACGAAGACAAUGUUGGUUUUGAAAUUGAGCCCACUACGCCAAAAUAUGAGCUUGCAUUUAGUGCUGAAUUAAAACAAAUAAUUCAGCAAAAGAAUAUGUUAACCUGCAAAACAAGAAGUAAGGUUGUAAGUGCACUUGAAGAUAUAGACAACAGUUUCACUGAAAAAAGUUUCAAAGAACUUAGGACAAGGGCAGUCAAUGAAAUUUACACCAGUGAAUUGUCUUAUCUCAAACAACUAAAAAUCAUAAAGGUGUUUUUUAUGCAACCUAUCAAAGAAAAGGAAAUACUCUCACGAAGUGAUUUUCAAACUUUAUUUGGUAGCAUUGAUACAAUAUACAAUGUAAAUAAGGAAUUAUUUAUGGAACUGAAAAAAGGGACUGAAAACGUUGCGAAUGCAUUUCUAAAAAUAGCUCCUUAUUUGAAACUGUAUUCCGUUUAUGCCUAUGGAUAUAAAAACUCUUUACACACCUUACAGAAAUCUCAGGAAAGUAAUACUAAUCUAGCAAAUUUUUUGGAGCAUACAGAAAGUAGACCUGAAGUUCAGAAUAAACUUUCUGCAUUACUUAUAACUCCUAUCCAAAGAAUACCAAGAUACAGAUUGCUUUUGAAACAAGUAGUAGAUUAUACUUUACCUUCUAACUCUAAUUAUUCAAACCUUUUGGAUUCUUUACAUAAAAUUGAGCAAAUCGCAAAUCACAUAAACUCAACUCUUGAAGAACAAGAGAAUACACAAAGAAUGUUAGAAUUACAGCGUUCUCUACAAAACAAAUAUCCAGUGAUUGUUAGACCUGGUCGACAACUUAUAAAAGAAGGAAUAUUAUCAAAAGUUUCUCACAAUGGGGCACGAAAUUACAAAAGAUACUUUGUAUUAAUGAGUGACAUUCUUAUGUACUGCAAAAUGAAAAGAGACGAUCCAAAGCUUCCAAAUUCAUUAAAAUGUUGCUGUAUUUUGCCAUUAAAUAAAUGUAAAAUUAAUGUAGUAGCAGACAAAGGUAUAUUUAGAAUUUUCUGCCAAAACGAAGUACUUGUAUUGUUUCAUGAGCAUGCAAGUGAAGGUCAGGAAUGGGUUUAUGCUCUUAAAGAAGCCAUAAAGAAGUACAUUGUUAAUCGGCAAACUCUGCGGAAAGAAAGUUCUGCUAAAAAGCCUGCUCGUAGAAAAGAAUUAUGUCAAUUUGAAGAUGCUGGAAUUAGUCCCGGACAUCCAAGAAAAAAAAGAAAUUACACUUUGGAUUUUACUGAUGUAUUUCGUAAUACUGAAAACGACUCCGAUAAUAGCGAUGAAGAAAAAUCGUACAGUAACCCCUUUAAGCGUUUAGGAAAACGCAAAACCGGAUAA